GAUUUACUAACCUCGCCUAGAACCAUUAGGAGAUCUUUACUGACAGCAGUAAUGAAGCUUUUGCUGAGUUUCUUAGUAGUUGAUACAUUCUUCCUUUUUCUCACCUCCUCUUCUCCCCCGACAUGCUAUUCCAGGGUUGUAACUUUGAGCCAGGAAAUCACUGAGUCUUUUCUAAUGUUACAGAGGAUUUUGCCAGCUGGGCGGUGUAAAGAGUCCCUACCUACACCUUAUCUGGACAUACAUAAUUCUUGUGUUAUGACAAAGCUGCGCUCAUUUAUCUCCGCGCCUAACUGUGGAAGGUUUCCAAGAGUGACUGCCUUAAAGAAGAAAGUGAGAAAUUUAUAUACCAUCAUGAACUCAGUCUGCAAACGGGACUUGGUCUUCUUCAUUCACGACUGUGAUGCUCUUGAACGUCCAUCGUCUACGACUCCCACCCCAUUUGAUGCAAGAUAAAGCUUGAAGCUCUAUACCUCUGUAUGGCUGUAGUCUGGAGACGAUAUAAUACAGUCCGAACCUUUAGGACAAUAAGUUGUGUGUAAUUCGUGUACUACAAUAAUUUGGUUUAUCCAGGUGUAGGCUUCCAUGUGUAAUCCACCAAAAAUGGUCUUCACAACAGUUCUUAUUGUUAGUCACAUUAUUAAUGGGGGCUAUCUAGUAGCAGCGCCACCCUUAUCCAGGUCUGUGUCUGGCAUUGUUUUGGACGCGUUCCAAGUGACCGCUCUAAGUUGAUGUACUGCUCCAAAUUAGAUAAGAUACGUGCACGGAAAAAAAACGCUGACUCUCAUUGAGUCAAAGCAGUUCUCUGAUUUAUUGUAUAGCAUACACACAAGAUAUAUAUUUCAGUAGGGCGUAGCACAUUGUAUAAGCAUUCUGAUUGGUUAGCAGACUACUUUACAUAAGCAUUGCAUUAUAUUCUCUCUGUGCCAAAAGGAGAUGGUCACACAGGGUAUAAUACAGGAUAUAACCUCCAUUUUAGAAGAAUGAUCUUCAUUUUACAUUUCCUAAAAUGGACAGUUCCUAAAAUGGACAGCAGAGGUCAGCAGAGAGCACUGUGGUCAUUACAUCAGAGAAAUAUAAAAAGAAAAGCAUUUCCUCUGUAGUAUAUAGCCCCUAAAAAGUACUGGAAGGAUUAAGAUUUUUUUAAUAGAAGUAAUUUACAAAUCUGUUUAACUUUCUGCCACCAGUUGAUUUAAAAAAAAAUAAAAAAAUAAGUUUUCCACGGGAGUACCCCUUAAAUUAUUGGAAAAUGUUGAUAAUGUUUUUUUUUUCAUGGCCACUACACCUGCAGUCACAUUCAACCCCCGGACAAGUUUUAUUUAUACAGUUAUUGCUUGUAUGAGUGCUCGUAAUCAAGGAAUAUUAUGUGAGAUGCUUCCGCUAAAAUUUGGCAGCAAAAUCUGCAAUUUUGACACCAAAGUUGCCAAUUUCGGUGCCAAACUUCGCAAUUUUGGUGCUGAAAAAGAAUAUGUUGAAAAAAUAAAUAUGGCGGCAAGAAAAGCAGUUGUUGCAAAACUCCAAUUCCCAGCAACUGCAUGCUGAGAGUUGUAGUUUUGAAACAGCUGUAGUCGCCCUGGUUGGGAAACAAUGCUCUAAAAAAUAUGGGGUCUUGCCUGUUAUUGUACCCCCUAUAGCCCAGUUUUCCUCUUCGCUAAUAUGGUAGAACUUCUUAUUCUUAUUUAUACAUUUUAAUAUGUUAUACGGUAUAUAACUUAGAGGUCUCAUAGGCACAUAUAUCUAUAUCAGUAUAGAGUUGCUGUAUUUUGUUAUAUUUUAACUGAUUUUCUUUUCUUUUAUUGUAAGAAAAAAUAAAAUAAAUAAACAAGAAAAAC